GGUGCAUCUGCUGUCCUUGGUGCCACCUAUUCAAACCCUCUGGAGCCUAAGGAUGGUGGUGACCCUUCCAUCGUAUGGCACGAAGGGUACUGGUACUUUACCGCGACCAACUAUCGCGAUAUCAGCGUUCGACGUGCAACGACUCUUGAGGGGCUGAAGACUGCCCUGCCAAAGACAGUUUGGGCACCCAGCGCCGACUUUCCAUCUCGCCAGUGCAACAUCUGGGCGCCUGAGCUACACGUUANNUGGCACAUCUACUUCUCCGCUGGUGGCUGCGGCGACGGCGCAAUCCAGCAAUCCCAAGUCCUACGUGGCGGAGAAUCUCCAUGGGACAACUUCGACUUCUACGGCACUAUCAAUGCACCUGCCUGGUCCAUUGACGGAACUCCUCUGACCAUCGAGGGCCAAAACUACUUUGUCUACUCUUGCUUCAGAGAUGACACAGGUGAAACUCUGCAAUCACUUUGCAUUGGCAAGAACUCCGAUAUCCUUACCAUCGGAGAAGAGCACCUUCUUGCCUCUCCCACCGAGGCCUGGGAGCGGAACGGACAGAUGCCAGUCAACGAAGGUCCAUUUGCUCUCUACAGCAAAAACCGCACUUUCCUCUCUUAUUCUGGCUCUUUCUGCUGGGACCCCUCAUACUCACUCGGUCUUCUCGAAUACGUGNGGGGCGACCCACUUGAACAAAGCAGUUGGGUCAAGACUGGCCCUCACUUUAGCCAGGCAAACGGCAUGUACAGUACUGGCCACAACAGCUUCUUUACCAGUCCGGAUGGUACAGAGACUUGGAUGGCUUAUCAUUCUUCUCCCAACCCUGCCGGCAGCUGCGGAGAUAGAUACUCCAAUGCGAAGAAGAUCGACUUCGAGGCUGAUGGCUUCCCUAUCCUCGGCGCGCCAAUUGCUGAGGGUGAGGUGUUGCCUGGUCCUGCCGGUGAGCCGCAAGCA